GAGAGGGAUGGUUUUCAGACUCAACUACUAAGAAUUGCAAAAUCGGUCUUUUUGAACCUUUACAGUUCCCGUAGUUCUUCAGGCUUUUAAACGGAGUCAAACCUAUCGGGUAGGUAGCUGCACCUGAACACGUCCCGUUUGUCGUUUCAGACAGCAUGUCGGCCCAGAUCAGACUGAGGCUGCUCCCCAGCGCCAGGUGUUUAUUUGACGAGCCCGUUCAGGUGAAGGUGGCCGGACUGAGGUCCAAGCAGCUGGUCACCUUGAGAGCCAGAUCCACCGAUGAGAGAGGAGUGGUGUUCAAUUCCUCGGCCAGCUACCGCGCCGACGGCAGAGGGGAGAUCGACCUGAACAGAGACGCCUCGCUCAGUGGGAGCUACGUCGGGGUGGAACCCAUGGGUCUGCUGAGGUCACUGAAGGCAGAUACCUUGCACAAAUAUUUCUUUAAGAACAAAGCACUGGAACCUUUCAUGGUGAACUUCUCUGUGCAUGAGGAGGAGGGCGGGAUGCUGGCCGAGGCGACCAAUGAGAGGCGUCUCAUGGGAGAUGGAGUCAGGCGAGUUCCUGUCGAAGUGGGCAACAGUCAAGGAGUCCUGUUUACCCCGCCAGGAGAGGGUCCGUUUCCUGCUGUGCUGGAUCUGGGCACCUUCAUGUCAGAGAAAAGGGCCUCUCUGCUGGCCAAUAAAGGUUUUAUAACUCUUGCUUUUCCCGUAUUCAACAACCCCAAAAUAGAAAGGAUGAAUCUGGACGACUUCGAAGAAGCAGUUCAGUUUCUACAAAACCAGCCAAAGGUGAGCAGUAAAGGAGUUGGGGUAAUAUCCCGAUCUAAGGGGGGUGAAAUCGCGCUUUCCCUCGCUGCUUUUGUGCCUGGAGUUGAAGCUGUGGUGUGGAUCAACGGCUGCUCCGCUAGCGCAGUCCUACCCCUGUAUUAUAAGAAUAGACAGAUGCUCUCACCAUUGAAGUUUGACAUGAACAAAAUGAUUUCCACUGAGUCGGGAGCCUUUAUCAUUAAAUAUGCCAUGCAUGAUCCUCUAAAGGAGGAAAACAAGGCAUCCUUGGUGCCUAUUGAACGAGCAAGCGGACGAUUCCUGUUUGCAGCUUCAGAGGAUGACUUCAACUGGGACAGCAAGGCCUACAUGGACGAGAUGAUGGACAGACUAAAGCGUCAUGGGAAGGAGAACUUUGAGAGUGUGAGCUACCCUGAAGCCGGACAUUAUUUAGAGCCCCCGUUUGGACCGUACUGCCCCUCUGGCUUCCAUGGGGUUGCACGUAUGCCAGUCCUGUGGGGGGGGGAGCCUCGGACCCACGCUGCUGCUGAAGUCCAUCUAUGGAGGAAGAUCCAGGAGUUCUUCAGAACUCACUUAGACUGUGACAAAACUCAAACUAAAUAGAAAUUAUAGUGCUGCUGUCCUUCAAUCAAAAACCAGCCAAGAUGUCUAAGAGAGAGUUUUGGGCUGAAAGGAAGCCGUUACUCCAAAAAACAAAACAAAACAAAAAAAGCUAGAGUACAGUUUGAAAAUCCGCUAUUAAAGCAAACCUUAACUUGAUCUAUAUAAACUCAUGUUUUUGAAAGUAGUUUUUUUUUUUUUUAACAACACUAUUGUUAUGCCAUUUAGCAAAUAGAAAUAUUUCAGUUGUAAUAAUGGGAGCCAGUCGCUUGACCCAGAUACAGAACACACUCAGAAAAAUCAGA